AUGGGUCUGGAAUGUCAGGAGAGCCAGAAUGCAAACAGAGACGAGUUCAGACCUGCCCCCACGAUCAACCCACCACCGUCGGGCAAAUCUCCCCUGCAACCAUCGCGUGAGCCACCGCGCCCGGCAGAAGUUCUUUCUAGAGGGCUCCCUCCGGUAGGGCCCAAAGGCAGCACUGCCCCAGGGAACGACUCCCAGGCCACGAAGUACAGAAUCCUGCAGGCGCAGCGCUUGGCCGCCCUGAACGCAGUCCUGUGGGAUGAGACCGGUGCCUGGUUUGACUACGACCUUGAGAACAAGAAGAACUGGGAGUUUUACCCAUCCAACCUCACUCCACUCUGGGCCGGGUGUUUCUCUGACCCUGGCGUGGCGGACAAGGCUCUGAAAUACCUGGAGGUGAGGGCACAGCAGGUGGUUCGGGUCCACUGCAGGCAGCACCGCCCCCUCCCGACCCUGAGCAGGACCUGCAGGGAAGGCCGCUUCCUCCGGCUGUGCCCCUUGUCUCAGCCUGCGGGUCCCGCGGAGCCACCGGGGGGCAGCUGUGAGCCGAGAAGAGAAGGGCCAGGAAGGGGACAUCUGGCUUCCCGCCGGGCCCAGCGUCCUGGCUUCCAGUCCAGCCCCACCCACAGUCACGGGAAUGUCUGGAACCUUCUAGGGCAGCCGGAUCCUGAUCUACCAAUAUGCCCCAGAAUUGAAUCCGAACCAACUUUGAUGUCUACUCGCAAAAGUCAGCCAUGUAUGAGAAAUAUGACAUUAGCAAUGGUGGACAGCCCAGUGGCAGAGGGGAGUAUGAAGUUCAGGAGGGCUUUGGCUGGACGAAUCGCGUGGUGCUGAUGCUGCUGGAACGCUAUGGUGACCGGCUGACCUCAGGGGCCCAGCUGGCUUUCCUGGAGCCCCACUGCCUGGUGGCCGCCCUUCUGCCCAGCCUCCUGUUCAGCCUCCUGCCGUGGUGACAGCCCUCCCCUCCUCACCUGGCCCCAGCUCCUGUCCCAUUAAACCUCUGCGCCAGCUCCUGUCCCUUUAAAUCUCUGCACCAGUUCCUGUCUUCCCCUGCCUCUUCAUGCCCUCCUACCUCCCAGCCUGUCCUCUGAUCAGAGUGAAGUGGGGGGCAGGUUCAUGACCUGGAGGUCAUGGGUUGGGGCCUAGCUCCCUUCUGGAACCUUGAAUAGGGUGGAAAUCCUGCCCCGGGGGGAAGACCUAUCCCUCCUACCUCAAGUACCCCAGCGCCAAGUCCCACACCUGCGGCCUUCCACUCACUUCUGUAUUCCAAAGGCUUUAUUGUUCUGCUGAAAUGCUUACAAAUACUGAAAACCCCCAGCCUGGGCCUACGCAACCAAGGGCUCAAUGCUAGGAAGGAGAGCAGGGGAGGUGGGGCCCAAAUAAAUACAUAUAAUUUA